GUUGAUUUUUCGGCAGGCCUUCCCAGAUGUUUACAUUGGAAUGUGAUUUUCAACCAGAUAUUGGAAAAUCUGAAAUUAUAUAUUUCUUUUAUUUCUAUAAAUAUAGAAUCGUAUAUGCCUGUUUCAUAUUAAUUGUGCUCAAUGUAGCGUUUUUUAGCAGACAAUCGGCAGUAGUGUUGUUACUGAAAACACGAAUUUAGGCUUCCUACGAAUUCUCGUGAAUAGUGUUGUGUUCAGUAGCUUUUGUGUUUCCGGAGAAAACCCAAACAAAACAUUGCAAGCGUAGCACCGGAAUAAGUUGAACGCUUCCGAUACUGCCGGUUUCACUGUUUUUCAAUUGCCUGAAGCCGGAAGUGAUAUUGAUUUUGUUUAUCUGGAUGUUUAUGGAGCUACUCUACUUCGUAUGUAAGCACGCAGGAAUGGCAGUAGUACCAUUGUGAAGAAGUUCCAGAUUCGUUACAUUUAUCUCAAGAAUCUCAACCAACGAUGCCCAUCGACGAAGCACAACAGCAAACUCAGCAGCAACAGCAACAACAGCAACAACAACAACAGCAACAACUACAACAGCAAACACAGCAGAGCCAAUCCCAGCUCUAUCCCACAGAGCAUCAGAAGGCGCCAUCGAAGCCCCGCCUGAACGAGGACGACGAUGAAGACGACGACGAGGACGACGAUGACGACGAUGGCGCUGAGACGGCUGGUGAUCCAACCGAUGGUGCUCGCAGUUACUCCAGUACACAGGUGGCUUCGACCGGUGGUGGAUACUUCGAGGAGGAGGAAGAAGACGAAGAGGACGAAAUAGAGGAACACUCCGAACUGCGACAACUGUUUGCGCCAAUAAUUGAUGCACAAGCACAAAGCGAAGAUGAGGAGGAUGGCGAUUACAUUCCGGACGAGGAGGUGAAAAAAACUAUCAUGGUGGGGAGCGACUUUCAGGCGGCAAUACCGGAAGGCCUGUGCCGGUACGAUGACGCGUUGCCUUACGAGAACGAGGACAAGCUGCUCUGGAAUCCGACGGUGCUGAAUGAGAAUCUGAUAGAGGAGUACCUGCUGAAGAUUGCGAGCGGAGCAAGUAGUAAUACGGGGACACCUCAAACGAAUAGCGUUUUUUCCAUACCACUGGGAAAACACUUACGGGACGAUGAACAGGGUCUCUAUCUGUUGCAACAGUGUGGACACAACAUCGACGAGGCUCUGAGGAGAAAGCGAAUAAAUGCUGUCCCGGUAGCUGAACAGCAGAUGAGCAUUUGGUCGGAAGAGGAGUGCCGAAAUUUCGAAAAUGGAUUGCGGAUACACGGGAAAGAUUUCCAUAUGAUUCAACAGUCGAAGGUUCGCACCAGGUCAGUGGGAGAGUUGGUGCAGUUUUACUAUCUGUGGAAAAAAACUGAACGGCAUGACCUUUUCGCCAGUAAAGCGCGUUUGGAAAAGAAAAAGUACAAUCUUCAUCCGGGAUUAACGGAUCAUAUGGAUCGUUUCCUGGAGGAGCAAGAGAACAGUACCGGGUUUGGUGAUCGAAGUGCAUCGCCUGGCUUUACCAGUCUGUACAGUGGUACGUCGGAAGCGAAACGUAGCCGACUAAUGGAUUCGAAAGCCAGCACAGGAUCAUCAAAGAGGUCUUCGUCAGCGCUGUGACUUUCUGGUCCACCCGGCCGAGGAAUAAACUUACGUAUUUACAACGGUCUCUAAGUAAACAUCAUUCACAGCAGACGACAUGAGCGCAAGAAGUGAGAGAGAAAAAUAGAACUAUCACAUAAGGAAGUGCACAGUGCACUUCACCGCACAGGGCUUGGCCUCCAUCGGGGAAGGUAAUGGGAAAAUGCAAACUUUUUUUAUUGCGUCGUUGAGCAAGCAGCAAGUUUCCUGCGAGAGAAAUUUAUUUAACUUAUUAAACUAAAAGUGACUCAGUUUUAGCAACAAGUUUCUAAGAACUGGAAAGUAUUUUGUUAGUGUAGGUCGGUAGGGAACAGAUUUGAUCUUUUUUUUAUAUACGGCGAAGACUGUGCAUUUUUACUUAUUUGUAUCAAAACGUACCGAGUGUAUGAAACAAUGUCGGAAAUAAAUUUUCGGUCUCAAUAACGAUUAGAUGGAAAGCAAAUGCGAUUGUAAAUUACUAUGAAUGUUAGACCUACUCACAUCAAAAUUAUCAAAAUUAUCUACGAAUCAAAAAUAAUACAGUAAAAAAUUAAA